AUGGGAGCUCCUGAUUGGUCCUUCUCUCAUAUCGCCCUUGCAUGUCCUUUCGUACUUUCCACAUGCACACUUUUUUCGGGUCUAAUCUUCCGUUUUUUUUGCGCACAAAAGGGUGAAUCGCAGAAGAUUGUUCACCUGCUGACGGAGUUCCAGUCCGCCUACGUGGAGCAGAAUCCGGCUCGUGUUAAGGCCCAGUUUCAGAACCCCGACUCCGUCAUGAUUCUGGCCUAUGCCAUCGUCAUGCUGCACACAGACCUCUACAGCCCCAGCAUUCGUCCGCAAGCAAAGAUGACAGGACAGGAAUUUGUGAAGAAUCUGCGCGGUAUUGACGAUGGUGAGUGUCGCCGGUAG